CAGUAAUAAUAGCUUCAGUAGCCAACAGCUCUUUGUCUGUACACUGCUGGUUUCAAAAGGAUUCUCUUUUAUACAAGUAAAGAAACAAAGAAAAAAUCAAAAUCAAGAAAGAUAUGUUUGGCAAUUGUGACCAGAAGAAGAAGAUGCCUAUCAUCAGCUCUCCCAACACCAAUCCACUGGCGAGUAUGCAAAGCAAGAACAUGAUCGUGGCAUCAUCUCAUCAGCAGCAACCGCAGCAGCCACAACCGCAACUUAAAUGCCCUCGUUGUGAUUCUUCCAACACAAAGUUCUGUUACUACAACAACUACAGCCUCUCUCAGCCGCGGCACUUUUGCAAGGCUUGCAAGAGGUACUGGACGAGAGGUGGGACUCUCAGGAACGUUCCCGUAGGCGGUAGCUACCGGAAGAACAAACGGGUAAAGCGGCCAUCAAACGCAACCGCAACCGCUGCCUCCACCGUCUCGACGACUACUUCUUCAUCCCCUAAUAACCCUCAUCAGAUCUCUCAUUUCUCUUCCAUGAAUCAUCAUCCCUUGUUCUAUGGUUUAUCAGAUCAUAUGAGCAGUUGUAAUAAUCUUCCAAUGAUUCCAAGCCGUUUCAGUGAUUCUUCAAAGACUUCUUCAACAAGUGGUUUAGAGAGUGAGUUUCUCUCAUCUGGGUUUAGCAGUCUUAGUGCUCUUGGAUUAGGGCAUCCGCAUCAUAUGAGUCAUGACCACACCAUUAAUGGUAGCUUCAUCAACAACUCCACAACAAACAAACUCUUUCUUCUAUCGGGUCUAUUCGGAUCCUCGAUGUCUUCUUCUUCUUCUUCUCCUACUCUUCUCCAGCACCCAAAUAAACCCAUGAACAAUGGUGGUGACAUGUUGGGACAAUCCCAUCUCCAAACCCUAGCAUCACUUCAAGAUUUGCAUGUUGGAGGUAACAAUGAAGAUAUGAAGUACAAAGAAGGAAAGCUUGAUCAGAUCUCUGGGAACAUCAAUGGGUUCAUGUCAUCAUCAUCUUUGGAUCCUUCAAACUACAACAACAUGUGGAAUAAUGCAAGUGUUGUCAAUGGAGCAUGGCUUGAUCCAACAAAUAAUAUCGUUGGAUCCUCCCUCACCUCCUUGAUAUAAACCAAAACUUUGGUUAUAUGAUCUAUAACUAGCUAGGGUUUAUCUUUUUUCCCUUUUUGUUUUGAGAUGAGAGAAGAAGCUUGGAUCAGAGAGAUCUAAUCAGGGGAAAUGUUUAUCUUGGCACUAUAAAGCUCCCUCGGAUCCUCUUCAUCUCACCAUCUCAAUCAUCUUCCUUCGCGUAGUUCAAGAAAAAACAAAAGGGGUUCAAGAUUGGUUCAAGGUUUACUAUGGUCUACUGUUAAGUUUACUCGAGGUAAAUGAUAUGUGUAUGUACAUAAUAUGGUCCUGACUUUGAUCUUUUUUUCUUUUUCUUUCCCAUCUAUGUAAUUCUAAGGUCCACCACAUGGGUUGGUGUUUCUUUUCAUUGGGAUUAGGAGGGUAUAUUUGGCUUAAUUUGGGUUUCUCAUGGGGUCCGAGAACUCAAUAGUUUAGUUUCAAGUUUUAUAUCUUUUUUUUAGUUUCACAUUUCUUUUUUGGUGUGGCUUUCAUUGGGUAUACAAACAGAGGGAGGGGUGUGGUUUUGUAUUGUUAUAACUUUGGUUAUUCAUGUAUGAGUUAUGUUCUUACGGUACUUUUGGAAACAUGCAUGUUUGUGUAUA